AAGAAAACGAAGACAGGUUUUAUGGAUAGCUGACCCUUGGAGGAAGAGACGUGUAUAAUGCGCGUCUUAGUGGCAGGGGGAAUGAUGGAGGUGUAUGAGGGGAUGGAUAGAGUGCUGGGCCACCUGCAGGAGGUGGAGAGGAAGGCUGAGGACGUGUUGGGGGACAGAAGACAGAUCAUAGACCUGGACAUCAAGAGAAACCAGAACAGAGAGGCUUUGAGGGCUCUGAGCAUCGAUAAAUCAGAGACGGUGACCGUUUGCUUUGGCAGUAUGUUCAUAGAUCUGCCGAAAAACAAAACCAAGGAAAUGAUUCAGCGAGAUCAGGAGCAGUUGGAUCAGGAAAUCGAUACAAUUCGCUCACAGCUGAAAGGAAAAGUAAACCAGCUUUAUGAAGCACAAGGAAAGCCUGAGCUGAAAGGAUUCAACCUGACUGCACUGGACCCAAACGAAAUGAAGGCAAUUAAGAAAGUGCUCGACGGAUAACAGAUGGAAUGCUAAUGGGAGAGACAGUUAACAUUUCUGUAAUACUAAGCUGUAUAUGGAUUGGAUAUAGUGUUUUAUACCAUUUUUGGCAAUGGUUUAUUUAUAUGUUCUAUAUUAAAAUAAGCAAUUAUUUUUCAUUGCUCACACUACAGUAA